UUCAUUCAGCAUGUCGUCCUCGGUGAUGGAUGGAGUUGGUAGAGCCGUGGUGGGAGUGUGGCGUGCACACACAGUCCUGGAUGAGUCUGACGAAGCAGAAGGCUCCCCAGAAGCCCCAGACCGUUUCCGCAAGCUACGAUCCUCAUCUUCACUCAACUCUCUGCGAAUGUCUCUACGCAAGCGGCUCCCGCUUCGUUCUGUCCAGGCCAAUUCCCUCCCAGAGAAUCCCACUUGGGAAACCCUGAAGGAGCAACCAAAAACCGGCACGGUCCGCAAACUUACUCGCAGUGCUCGGAACUCAAUCAGUGAAGUGUACCAGAGGCUGCAGAGGACAAAGGAGUUUUCAAGGGAGGAGUGUUUGGUGGCGACCCCUGGUCAGACCUGCAAUGAAGACGAAGCUGGUGCAUCAACUUCUCGCACUCCAAGGCGUACCCCUCGCAGGGGUGCCACCCCCAAACGCACCCCCAGAAGAACAGCCACCCCUGGUCGCACUCCAGGCUCUAAAGGGAGAAAGACCCCUGAGGCUGGUGUUCGUGGGGUGAAAACGGGAGGAGGCCGAAGGCAGCUGGUCCGAAUGGCUGCGUUACGGAGUCCCUUUGCCUCCCCUAACACACAGAAUCAGAGGCUAAAAUUUGACCAGGAUUUGGAGUCUGUGUCCAGUGGACUCAGGAGGCUCAAACGUCUGUCUAGGGCCUUUGAUGACAUGAUUGGCAGAGACAACAGGAAGUUCAACUAUUCCCUUAUUGUGGAGUAGGGAAGAAGAACCGGUGCACAGGGACGUGGUGGAGGAGCGCUGAUGAGAAAGUUGGACCCCAGUGGUAAACUCAGUUGCUCAAACCUCAACCGUCGAGCCAGCAACCUCUCAAACACACUGGGAGGUUGGGCCCACACAGCUGUGAACACCAUUCGCAAACCCAACUGAACUCCAUGCAUGCAUGUGUGUGUGUGUACGUAAAACACAGGACCUUUUGUAGCCAUGUUCCACAUUUUUGUCAUGAUACUGGGAGACUGUUACCUGGCCUCUUUUUUUUUAUUUAUGCUAUGUAUAGUUAGCAGCACCUAUAGUAUCUACAGUAUAUCUAUAGUAUGUAAUUCUUGUGUUUACACGUCUCAGGUUAGCUAGCUGUGGGUGAAAUAUCCUCAUUGUAGCUACCAAAGAGAUUUCUAUAUUGUGUAUGUACGUGUCAUAGCUGCUACAACCAAAUGUCUUAGUUACAUUUUCACUAAACUAACACUGUCGUUUGUGUUCACACUCUGCAUCGAAACUGUUUUCUAGUUUCAGAAAUCGACUUUUAAAGAAACGCUGCAUGAGACCAAAGUUGUAUCUGCAGAACUAACACUAAAUUCACUGACUGAGGGAAGAUACACUUCCCUGUACUUUAAACGUAUGCAAUGAUGUUACUAACAUUUGUUAUACCUUUUUUUUUUUUUUAUCUCAUUUGAUUAUACCAAAUUGUAAAGUGUAUUUUCUAUGAAAGGGGACAUUGUAUAUAGCAUAGACAGGUUUGAAUGGUAUUUUUCUUUUCCUCUUUUUAUUCUUUCCUUGAGGUAGAGCUCAACACUUUUGAUGGCCUGUGGGUGAUUCAUGCACCAACAUUAUUCACAUAAAUCAUCUUAUAAUGUGAUAAGGACGAUGUAAUGGCUCAUUAUCUGAUGAAGAUGUUGUGAAGCCAUAUCCAGCAGGUUAAUUAUGUAAAGACUGUCAAGCAAACAGCCUCAAAUGAAACAAAACGUCUCUUCUGCCAAAGAGACAUAGUGUUUAAAUGUGAAAAAUAAAAUAAAAUCUGUAAUCUUCAUCAA